ACUUAAAGAAGCCCUAUAUAAAGUUUGAAGCAAUCAACAAACAUUAUCGUCCAGUCGUAAUGGAGUUUACUAGCUGGCCCCACAUUAACUUGUCCUCAGCACCAAGCAGCUGUCCCUUUGAUGAGUGGCUGAAUUGUGUCAGUGCCACUAAACCUCAGCCAGCGAAUAAAGAUAAUGCCAAUGUUCCUGUUGCCUGGUCAGCAGAGUCUGGAGCACCACAGAAUGCAGCCAAUCUAACUCGCAACAACAAUAACAAUAACAACAACAACAACACGACCAAAAAAUGCACACUCAGUCAACAGGUUGCAUCACAGAAGGUCCCUGGGCGGCGUCUAGUGAACUGGGAGAGAAGGAAGCUUGCAGAGAAGAAACUUCGUCAGGGUUUCUGUGAAUGUUGUGAUGUUCGUUUUGAUGAUGUUAAAAAGCACCUUAAUUCCACUGAGCAUUGUGCAUUUAGAAAGAAUGAAGCUAAUUACAAGCAGCUAGACAAACUGAUAGAUCAUGGUAGAGCUAUCCAUCAGUUUGUUGAGAAUGUUGUGUCUGAAAUGGUGUCAUCAUCUGAUGACAACAGCGAACGAGAUUAUGAAUUCUCUGAAUCAACAGACAAAGUGAUGCUACUUUCUUUGAAAAAUUCUAGCUCAGAUGCUCAAGAAACCAAAAGACAGUCUGAAAAACAUUGUCAUUCCAUAACAGUGUAUUCACUCUCUUCCUGUGAUGUCUCCAUAGAAGAUGUUGCUACAAAGAACCCAUUGAUGAAAGAAUCUGAUGCUCAGUCACUGGCCUUAGAAAAUCCACAAACUCCAUUGAAGAAAGUUUCUCAAAUUACAAAGAAGUCUUCAGAAAAUUCUUGGAAAAGUCCUACUCGAAGUCCAUUUAAAUGUUUGUUUAAUUCACCUAGUCGCUUGGAUCGUCAUUGCAAUGAUAAAUCUUCACUUUGUAAUAAACAGGCCAAACAGGGUGCUGUUUCAUUGUCGGCUAUGACUGCUAAGGCAGAACCUUUAAUUUCACCUUCAAAACCCUUAGAAUUUCCAAACAAAAUAAAAAGACAUUUAUCAACCCUGCAAAACGACAUCCCACCUGACAGUACUGCUCCUAGUAAGUCAUUAAAAAAUUCAGAACAGGAAAAUUACAAACCUUAUCUAAAUUGUCUUCCACCACAACUAGAAAAGUUCCCAAUCCCCAAAUGUAAUAAAGCACCAAAGAGUGAAAAACAUGCUUGUUUGAGUGAACAGCAAAAGACCAUAAAAUCCCCUGUUGGCAAUGUAUGCCUUAAUCUAUCACCACCAGUUCUGGAGAAGUGGGAUAAAUUAACAACAAAUCGUUCUCCAGAAAAUAGCCCAGAAGCCAAUCACACUGUUCAGGUUAAGCGCAGCUUUCGUUCAUCCUCCCACAAGAAAUCGCAAUCUAAACGUCAGCGUUUAGUCAAGCUUGGAGAAAAAUGGCAGGUUUUGAGCCAACAGAGUGUGAAGAAGAUAUUGUUUAAUGAUGAAUCACCUGAGUCAUUCAUAGGUUUCCAUCCUCAGGAAAUCUUUAAGAGUGAUUAUUCUUCAGAUAUUUCUUUUGAAACUGUUUCUGAAGUACUUCUUACUGAUCAUUCUGAUUUCGAAUGGACUUUAGGUAACAGUGAUGGCCCUUUCAGUGAGCCGUCCUCACAAACAGCUGGUGGUCACCGAACAUCAUUCUCUUGGGAUUCAGUACAAGAAGCUUGUCCUAAUCAUGAAGUCUCAGUUCGCCAUAGUCCAAAUACAGAAAAGAAAUCCUCUCCUUUGACUCAAAUUCCUGAAGGUGGCAGUACUUACACCUGUUCUCCUACAGAAUCUGUCACCAGGCCCAAGUCUACUUCUGUUCCAAAUUCUUCACAUUUGUUGAAUGAAGAUUCUCUUGAUAAGCCUGAAACCACAUCUGACCAGAAACUUUAUGGUAAGUCAGUAAAAUAUCCUACAGAUGCUAGUCUCCAACACACUUCACCAAUUAGUAUCCCUGUUCAGAGUUUUCCGACUCCUCUUAUCCAAGACAUACAGUUUCCUACACAUCUAAAUUUUCAGAAUCUGGACUCUGUUGCAUCUUCAGUUUAUAAUUUUAAUACUGUAGAAACUCCUUUCCCUUCACAGGUACCACCUACCUCAAUCAACAAUCUGUCGUGUACUGACAUUGGCUGUCUACCAAACUCUACUGCCAUUUCAACUCUACAGUCAUUUCAGAUCUUCUCACCAGUAUUUUCCUGUGAAGACUCUGAACUUCCAACCAUGCCAUCAGUGUCUAAUCAGGUCCAAUUGCCUCAACAUGUUGCCGACUUCAAGUCUCAAGACCAAAAUAUCUCAGAAGACAGUCAUGCAGCUGUAGACUUCCAAAACCUCAUGCCUCCUACUGUAACUAGUAUAAACGAACAAGCAUUCACAACCGCUUCCCCUUUUCAAUCUAAUGAGGCUCAGCUUCCAUUGAAUUCUACUGCAACCUAUGAUCCGCUACCUGUAUUAAACUUUGAAAGUUCAUUUAACUUACCUGUGCAAAAUUUCAAUAUGUUACCAAAUCUUGUAACUGCUGUUGAAGUAAACACUUCAUUUUCACCAUUAUCAACAAUACUUACUGCCCCUCUGACAGCUGAAACCAAUUUCUCACCAAGUAUUUCUACAGAAUUACCUCUCCAAUCUCAGUGCGACUCUGCACAGGAUGUUGGCGCUGAUAUUGAGCAAAUAUCUGACACUUCUGCUGCAGUACCAGAUUGUUUAUCUGAUAAUGAGGCACAUACACAAAAUGUCAGUAAUGUAGAUCAUCAACAUCCGCCAGUGCAAGUGACGGAGCUAGCUGCUUCAUCUUCAUCAUCUUCAAGCUUCUUUGACUCUUCUGCUAGCUCAGAGCUAAAUCCAUCACUAACUUCAGAACAACGAGAGGUUUCACCGGUUAUCGGUUUUGUCUCGUUAUCUAACUUUGCAACAUCACACAUUGAAGAUUGUGGAAUGUCAGUUCGUCGUGGUUUCAGAAUUCAACCAUCCGUGCUAUCUCAUUCAACAGAAUCAUCAUCAAAGUUGGCAAAAUCUGUCACACAGAAGUCUAAGCCAAGUAAAAAACUCUGUGGUUUUGUUACUGAUUGCCAGGACACUAAACAAACUAUAAACAGUAGCUCGGUCCCUCUAGUAAUACAGUGUGAUUUACUGUCUGAUUACAAAAGCUCUCAGUAUAGUAGUUCAUGUUCUUCAGAUCCUCAGGUGUCUAAUAGCACCAGCACCUCCAAAAGUGAAAGUGAUACAACUGACUCCUUGGUUAAGCUAGCUGCGGACAACACAGAAGAUGCUGCAUCAGAUGAGACUGUAGCAACUUCAGACUGGAAUGCUUUAAAGAACGACAGUUAUGCUGAUGUCAAAGACAGCGGCUUUCUCAGCAUUGAAGAAAUAACGCCUAAAAAAUCUCCCAUGUUAACUGAUUCUAAAAGCAGUGAAUUUUCCAAAAAGUUUUCUGCCCUCGCCAAACCAUGUUCAGUGGUACUGGAAAAAACAGAUUUGCUUCUGACUGGUUUCUCACACAAGGCUCUUGACAAACAGAACAUUUUUUCAGUUAAACGAGCUAACAGUACACUGAGCAAGACUCCAGAAGCAGUUUCAAAGCCAAGACUUCUAAAACGUCUAUCAGACAGACACAAGACGUUUCGGUUAGACUACAUACCCAGCGGUAACACGAAUCGUAGGUUGACACCACGUAUGUCUACCUACAAGACACGGUGUAAAUGACAGCAAUGUUAAUGAUUGGAUAGACUAUGGUGUGAUGGGUAAAGAUGGAGUGUGAUUAACCUAUGUGGCAUUAUGGGUAAACUGCAGGGCGUGUGUGGCAGUGUGGAUAGGUGACGUAAUUGUGUGGUGGUAUGGUUAGAUUGUGGGCAACUAUAUGAGGGUAGAUAGAACUGGCAGGUAGCAGUGGAACAUGUUAGUCUGAUUAGAUAUCUGGAUAUGCUGAUUUCCCUACUACCCAUCAAUAACCCUGUCUGUUGAUAAGCACUUUGAUGGUUUGUGGUUGGUCUGGGAGGAUAGAUAUUGACAUAACUGAGUAGAUUGAUUGUACUUAUUAAUGUAACAGUGUCUGUGUAUACAGUAUUGUGGUCGAUCCAGUUGUAUAUAGACAGGUAUAUUGGUAGUGAUUGACCUGUACAUGUAGACAGACACAAAUGGAGUGAAAAAGAGAAAGAGACUGUUCCUAACAUGUUUAUCAGGAUCACCCCUCCCCAUUUAUUGCUGCUGGUUUUCACAAAUAUAAUCACAAGGAUAUCUCCAUUGUAAUUGUUCUUGUUGUUUGGCAGUGUCCUGGGUGGCUGUUAAUAUCUCCAUAAUGAAAUAUGCUGAUUAACAUUUCUUAAACAUUUACUUGAUUCCUCAUCAACUAGCUCGUGUUAGGUAUUUAAAUAUUUCCACUAAAUAACUUAAUACUAAUUAGCAGUAUUCAAUUCAAUUUUUUUAUUUUUUUUUUUUUUAUUGUAGUGUUGUCAAGGUUACAAAUGUCAGCCCAUCACUGCAUUAAACGACCUCUGGGUUCCAGAUGUAAUUUUUUUGGGGGGUGGGGGGGUAGUAUGGAGGGCAUUCUUUCUUUGAAUGAGAAUCUAUGAAUAAGCCUGCAAAAUGGGUUGAAAUUGGGUUGUGGUACUUGCUCCCCACUGAAGUUUCCAUGGCAAAUAAUUAGCCAAUUAUAGAGGUUUUUACCACUCCUAAGGAAAUAUAAUUCUGAAACUGAAGUAAUGUGUCAAUGUUAGCCUUGCAUUGGAAUCAAAUUUGCCACCACUGUGUUAGGAAAUUCAAUACUGUUACUGAAAUAAUGGAUUGAUUGUUGUUAGCCUUGUACUGAAAGAAUUGCUGAAGGAGGAUUCGUUAUUGACAAAUGAAAUAAAGGGUUGUUGUUAGCCCUGAGUUAAAAGAAAACAUCACCAAUGAUGGGAAAGUCAUGCACUUAUUGAUAUUUAUGUGUCAAUGUAAGUCCUCUGCUGGAAGAAAACAUCAACCCUGGCGGGGGAAAUUCAUCCUUUUGCUGAAAUUACGGGUGGUUGUUAAGCCCUGUGCUGGAAGGAAACCACGAACACUGCUUAAGGAGCACAUUUCACAGAAACAUUAAUACAUAAAUGUUUUGCCUUGUACUGUAAAAAUAAUUAUCACUGAAAUUGUUUCUCUCAGUGAAAUAAUAACGACAAUAUUGCAUAAAUGAUAAUUUUAAUUUAAAAAGAAUCUUUCAAGAAAUAAUAAAAGGAAAUAUUGUCCUACUAACAUUGAGAGUACCUUUUGUUGGUGAGAUGAAAAAUGGGUUUUUAUGUUGCAUAACUUUAACAAAUUGACAUAUCGUAAUGUUUAUGUAAUAUAUUGUGUAUAUAUGUGAAAGUGUGUGUGCAGAAAUGUAUUUAGACACUUAGGCAUCAUUUGUGUAUGAAGUGAAACUAGAGUUCGUCUCAUUAUAAAUGAGAUUAUGCUAAUUUUUGCAUGUGUGUGUGUGAAAUUAAAUUUUAUCUUUUUUCUGUUUCCUAUUUCUUUGUUUCUUUUUUUCUCCCCUCUCUCCAUGUAUUGAUUUUUAAAUCAGUUUAGAGUUUUCACCAUUACUCUUGACAAAAACUGUUAUUUGUAUAUCUGUUAUUUAACGCUGAUCCAUAAUCACUGUAUGCUCAAUUGGGAGCAUCCUUUGAACUUUGGGCCUCAUGGAGGCAGUGACAAGUGACCAAGACCUUUGGCAUUAUACCGUGUUUGAGCAGACUUGUCAAACCAAGUGAGAUCACAGUUGUGGCUGCUAGUGACAUGUAAAAGGCACCCACUACACUCUUGGAGUGAGUGGUGCUAGGAAGGACAUCCAGCUGUAGAAACCAUGCCGAUUCAGACUGGAACCUAGGGCAGCUUACCAGUUUUCAGUCAAACCGUCCAACCCAUGCCAGCAUGAAAAAUGGACGUUAAAUGAUGUUAUGCUUAUCGUGAAUUGAUCUGUAACAACACAGGUCAGCAGUUUACAACAAAAAGAAAAGAACUCCAGCAACCACCCAGAAUACAAUGACUAUAACUUGUGUUGUUGUAAACUAGUGGUUCCCAAAUUGUUUCAGGAUGCUGCCCCCCCUCGUACCUGGGCCACAUUCCAAGUGCCCUCCCCUCCCCCUCAUUCAGCACCACAAACGCAGACCACUUUCUGAAGCAAAUUCAAAACAAACUAUUUAUUUCACAAAUAAAACUUAACCUAAUUAAA